CACACCCUAAUGCUGUUGACGUUUCAGUUCCUUUUUGCUUUCAUUUGGCGUUGACACUGACGACAAUUUUGUGUCUUACAAGAAAAUGUAUCGCUCAAAAUAUCCAGAUGAUCCCGGCAUGCAUAACGCUGGUGGAUUACCAGGACUUGGUAGUUCCAGACUUCCGUCCACCUAUAGCAAGAGAGGAGACUCCACAUUUGUAGAGCGUGUUAGCAACAGCUUUACAGGGUCCAUGCUAGGGCUUGGUCUUGUGGCCAUUGGACUAUUCAGCAUCACAGUCAAUGAGAGUUUUGCUGCAUAUGUCUCAUGGCAAUUGGAUGAUGGCUUGCGCAAUAUUGUUCCCUUGGAAUCCAGUGAGGUUAUAUUUACAGAAAAUAACAACAAGCUUAUACAUGUCACAGGAAAGCUACGGACUACAGAGCCCCUGGUAGAUUCCCAGUUUGGUAUAUCAGUGAGAGCAGUGAAGCUACGUCGUCAUGUCCAGAUGUUCCAAUGGGUUGAACAUAGGAAACAAUCUCCAGGAGAAGAUAUCCAGUAUACAUACACUAAAGAGUGGAGGUCAGAAAUCAUUGACAGUGACACUUUUGAAAAUUCUGCCAGGCAUGUUAAUAAAAAGGAAAUGUCUGUCAAAGGCACUACCUUUGUUGCCAUCCGAGCUUACAUUGGUAACUUCCAGUUAAAGGAGCCCUUGAAAGAAAAGAUUGAAAACUUUGACCCUUACUUCACCACACAGCAACCUUCCAAUCCAAACGUUAAACUGCACAAUGGCUUUUAUCACUUCUCAUUAGAUAUCAACAGACCUAUGAUAGGAGAAGUGAGAGUAACAUUCAGCUAUGCUGGUGUGAGUGGCCAAGAGAGUAGCAUCGUAGGCCCACCUGCCACUGUGAGCAUAAUUGCCAAGCAGGCAGGAGGAAUUCUGACCAGUUAUGUAGAUAAUAGUGGUACAGCAAGAGAGAUGGUCCAGAUGGGAAAAUGGUCUGCAGAGGAAAUGCUGCUUCGUCACCUGAACCUGCAGACCUCAUUGACAUGGUCUCUCAGGAUUGGAGGAUGGCUGAUGAUAUUCUUAGGCUUCUGUUUUAUGAAACUCAUCACAUUUUAUAUCAUGGAUCUGGUACCACCCCUUCGAAAGAUUGCAUCAUUUGGUCUGAUAAACUUCAACUUGUGCAUCUCCUUCUCACUAGCUUUAAGCUUUGCUGCUUUAUGUUAUCUAAUGACCAGACCAGUGCAAGCUCUUAUCAUGAUGACUAUCGCGCUACUACCAGGAAUUAUCGCUUUUUUCCGACAUAAAAAAUCACAAAAUGAAAGUUUGAGAUUAUGAGUACAAAUAAUUGCAUUCUGUACUUUCAGAUUGAUUUGUAUUCAGAAGUGUUAGGAUAUUAGAAUUAUUUAUUUUUUGGUAUUUUGAUUUUGGGAUACAAAUGAAAUCUAAGAUGUUAUUUUAUUUGUGUGUGUUAAAGAGGAAUAAGGGUAAAGAAUAACAAAAAAAGACAUAAUCGGGAGCGCCAGGAGUGUCAAGUCUGACAGACAUGAGUGCUAUACAAGAACCCACUAUUAUUAUUAUCAGACAUUUACUAACAACUUCUAAAUCCUUCAAUAUUGCAACAAACAAUAAAGUUUAUCAACUGAACUGUGGUUAUGGUCGAAUAUCAUUGUUCAUUUGAAUGUUCGAGAUGGGCCCAUUUUCUACUGGUAUUUUUUUCUUUUCUGAGUUGUAAUUUAAACAAGGAAGGAAAAUAAAAAGAUUCCUAUAGACACUAUUUUCAGAUAAACAAAAAUGCUAGGCAUGUCCAAACUUACAUCAAAUAUGCAAUGCUGAUUACAGUCGAAGUGGGAGUGGUUCAAUGUUUGUAUUUUUUCAUAGAAAACUAUUCUAACUUGAAGAAAGCUUGAUGAAAUUUUGAUGAAAUUUAGAUUUUACUUGCAAUGGUAGAGACAUGUUGGUCAUUCAUCCUAUCAGGAUAUCUAGGAACACAAGCUUUUUAUUAUCAAUGUUACUUGAUGUUGCUUCUGUCCCACCUCUUAUGUCACAAUGUCCCUGGGCAAGACAUUAAUCUACAUUUGCCACACUCGACCCAGGUGAUGUAAAUGGGUACCUGGCAGGAAUUCAAUUCUUUGAAAUGCUAGAGCGCCGUAAUGGCAGCAAUGCUAAAGCCGAGGUAAUAAUUGCGGAGUGCCAGGAGUGUCAAGUAUGACAGAUAUCAGCGCUAUACAAAAACCCACUAUUGUUAUUAUUAUUAUCAUUAAUGUAGAUGUUAUCAUGGUCUAAAGAAUGUAUGUCUGAAAUUAUGUUGCUCCUCAAACGUGAGAUAAGAAUGUUUUUUAUGUACAUUAGACAUCAAAGCAGCUAUGGGAAGUUGUGUAGUGCCUUAGAGGAAGUGAUGGGCUCUGUGUCACAUGUGGUUACGUUAUUGGUGGUAGCUUACUCUAAUAAUCUGUAUAAUGUUUAAUAUGUAGCAAAAAAUCAUGUAAACUAACCUUGAAAACAUUUCUUUUUUUACUGUAUGGAAGGUUUUGUCAUAUGAUUCCAAGACUAAAAUCUACUCUACACUGUAAAUGUAGAGCACACUGUGUUCAAAGACGACUUUCAUUGAAAUAAUUUUUUUAUUAAUUCAUAAAUAAGAUUUAUUGGGAUUUUACUUGUUCUUUAAUUUCUUUUCUUCUUUCUUUAAAAAA